AUGGGGAAUCAAAUUAGUAAUUGUACUUGUAGAUCGAUGGAGAAAAUUAGAAGUAAUCAAACAAGAAUAAUUAAAAACAUAACCAUUCUUAUUGUCAUUGCAUUCAUCCUUCUUAUUCUUCUUGUACAUAUCGAUCAUCAACCUAAUUAUAAUUUCCUCAAAACAUCUUCUUCUUCUUCUGCUGCUCUAACCUAUGCCGACUCGACGGCGGCGAAAUGCGAUAUAUUCACCGGGGAAUGGGUGCCGGAUGCUCGAGCGCCGUAUUACACCAAUCGUAGCUGCCGUGCCAUCCACGAGCAUCAAAACUGUAUCAAGUAUGGACGGCCCGACUCCGAGUUCAUGAAGUGGAGAUGGAAGCCCGACAAAUGUGACUUACCGGCCUUCGACCCACAUCGGUUUUUGGAGGUUGUUCGGGGAAAGACGAUGGCAUUCAUCGGCGACUCGGUGGGGAGGAACCAAAUGCAAUCCUUGAUUUGCCUUUUGUCCAAGGUAGAAUAUCCAAAUGAUGUAUCGUCGUCUCCAACCCACGAGGAACAUUUCAAACGCCUGAUAUACUUAAAUUACAAUUUUACCCUCGUCUUCCGUUGGUCGCCGUUCCUCGUGAGAUCGGAGGAGCGGCGGGACACCGACGGGCCGACCAACACCGGACUCUUCAACCUUUACCUCGACGAGGCCGACAAGGCCUGGACCACGCAGAUCGACGGCUACGAUUACAUCAUCCUCAACGCCGCCCACUGGUUCACACGCACCGCCGUCUACUACGAGAACCGGCGUUUAAUCGGCUGCCGGUACUGCCAGUUCCCCAACAUCACCGACCUCCCCAUCACCUACGGCUUACGCCGCGCCUUCCGCGCGGCGUUCAGAGCCAUCAACGGGAAGAAGAACUUCAGAGGCGUGACGUUCCUGCGCACCUUCGCUCCGUCGCACUUCGAGAACGGAUUGUGGAACGCCGGCGGCAAUUGCUUGCGGCGGCGGCCGUUCCGGAGCGAGGAGAUCAAUCUGGAAGGUAUGAAUUUGGAUCUGUACAUGAUUCAAUUGGAGGAAUUUAGGGCUGCGCAGAGAUUUGGGGAGAGGAAGUUCCGAUUACUGGACAUCACGCCGGCAAUGCUGCUGAGGCCCGACGGGCACCCGAGCCGUUACGGGCACCUGCCCGAUGAGAACGUCACUUUGUACAAUGACUGCGUCCAUUGGUGCCUUCCUGGGCCCAUUGAUUCUUGGGCCGAUUUUUUGCUUCACAUGCUCAGAAUGGAGGCCCAAUAAGGAAAUUAAUUUCCAUUUUCUUUUGAAAUAUUUUUAGUUUAUAAAUAUUAUAGUCAAGUUCCCAGUCCAGUCCAGUCCAGUUCAGUCUCCCCCACAAUUCACCAUUGCUCACCGUCUUCAAUGA